AUGGCAGAACAAACGGUUAAUGUUGAAUCUAGUACCUUCUACGUGGUCAAUGCUGAAGUUAGUAUCUUCAACACGGUUAUGUCAGAUCAAGUGAAUGCUGAAGCUAGUACCUUCUACACGUUUAAUGCUAAAACCAGUUCCUUUUACGUGAUGAAUGCUGAAACCAUUGCUGCCUCUUACAUAGUUAAUGCUCAAACUAAUAUCUCACAUGCUGUUGACACUGAAGCUAACGCCCCUUACAAAAAUGCGGUUUAUGAUGAAUUCGAAGCCUCCUGUGAAAACGCGACUAUUGGAGAGGUUAAUAAAGGUAUUAGUAGUGCUAUAAUGGUAUUACACAGCAAUAGUAGUUUAUGUGAUCUGUUAAAAACCUUGGAUUCACGAUUAGAAAAAGAGGCUGAAUGGAACCGUUUUUUCGAGUAUCAGACUCUAUCAUCAUGCGUCAGGAUUGUAUCUGUUAGUAGUGAAAUAUUUCCUACUAUAGACCAUAUACUUUCAGAAUACUUGACCCUGCAUAUGCUUUCUAUUGAACGUAUUGAAAUGGCUCAGUGUUUAUAUUUUGAUACAAUAUUGGCCGACUUAACAAUGGUUGGAUUAGAUGAUGAAGAUGAGAAUAUAGAAGACCGAUUUAUAGAAGACAUUUAUAAUUUGAAGCAAAUACUGCUUAAAUCAAUGAUUUCGCAAGUUAACCAAGCCAAUAUUAAAGAAAUUUGGCAAAUUAUCAACAAAAGACCGGAUAACAUUCAAAAAAGGCACUUUAUUGUUGUAAUGGAUCCUAUUUCUUAUUUGUGUACGUGCAUGUCCAACAUAUCUCGCAGCAUUAUAUAUCAAUAUUACUUUCAAGUAAUGUUAGUGUCAACAAUCUCUGGAUUUCAUAUUAGAAUGGUGGUAUCGCGAUGGUACUAUGAUAAUAAAAAAGAAGCAACUGACCAAGAGAAUAUGGUUUUCUUAAAUAAGGAUGCUAGUCAAACUCAACAUAAUCAAGUUAUAUCAUUGAUUCCUCAACCACUUACCAUUCCUCGUUCUGUAGCAAAAACUACACAGCUUGCUAUUGAAAACGACAAUAAUGAGAUAGUUCAAUGGUUAAAGACUUUCAUUAAUCGAAAAAGGCGCCAGCUAACACAAGCUGAUGAAUCUGAAUCUGAAGAAAGUGAAAAGAAAAACAAUUUGACUGUUGCUAAUCCACCAAUUACUAAGUGCAAGGGCAGACCUGAAACUAAACAAUAUAAGGCUGCUAUAGAAAAAACUGAGAAAACAGAGAAAGCACGUCAUCAGCAAUAUACUUGUCAAAGCUGUGAUAAAACUGUGCAUAAUAGUGUGAGAUGUUCUAAAAAAAGGAGUUAA